UGGGCUGUGGGAAACCAACUUGAAAAGGGUAUGUAAACCCAAAACCAAACCUAGAAAACAUUAUCCUAUCUAAUUUUACACAUGUCCUGUUAAUUGACAUCAUUUCUCUGGCUCAAAUUCUCCCUCCUAAUUCUUAUGGAUCACAUUCAAUCUUCAUUUUCCAACCUUUUUUCAUGGAGAAUUUUUUUCUUGUACCCCCUUUUUUUUUUUUUUUGAAAAAUUAAAUUCACUUGAAACUUGAAAGUGAUUUUAGUCAACUUCUUCUCCAUUCAUUUAUAAAUUAUUGGCUUUUUGCUUAGAAAAAAUUCAGUCUUUGCUACAUAAGCAAUUUGUUCUUGCUUCAAAAUGUGAUUAAAAAAUAAGGAUGAUUAAGCUACCAAUUCUUCAUCAACCCCACAUGUUAUUGCCAUUAGAAGAUUGCCCACAAAUUUCAGAUUGCAAUUUAAAGAGGAGAGUGAAAGAAUGUGUUUCCUUGUUGAAGAAAUGCAGAGCCAUGGAAGAUUUGAAGCAAAUUCAUGGGCAAAUGUACAAAUUGGGAUUGUAUUGUGAUUCAUUUUGUGUUAGUAAUCUGCUUGCUACUUGUGCUAUCUCAAAUUGGGGAAAUAUGGAUUAUGCUUCAUUAGUUUUUAGCCAAAUUGAUGAUCCAGGUACAUUUGAAUUCAACACCAUGAUUAGAGGGCAUUCUAAAGAUAGUGAUUUUGAAAGUGCACUUAAACUGUAUGAUGAAAUGCUUGAAAGAGGGAAUUCACCUGAUAAUUUUACUUACCCCUUUGUGUUUAAGGCAUGUGCUGGUUUGGGUUUGAUGAAGUUAGGAAGAAGCAUUCAUGGGCAAGUUUGUAAAUUUGGGUUUUCUGAUGAUUUGUUUGUGCAGAACAGUCUGAUCAAUAUGUAUGGGAAAUGUGGGAAUAUAGUGGACUCUUGUGCUGUGUUUAAGGGAAUGGAGCAGAAAAGCGUUGCGACUUGGAGUGCUCUUGUUGCAGCUCAUGCUAAUUUGGGUAUGUGGUGGGAGUGUCUAGAGAUUUUUGGGGAUAUGAUGGAGAUGGGAAGUUGGAGAGCAGAAGAGAGCAUUUUGGUUGGUGUGAUUUCUGCUUGUACUCAUCUGGGUGCCCUCGAUUUGGGAACAUCGAUACAUGGGUACUUGAUGAGAAACUUGAGUGGCCUAAAUGUUGUAGUUGAAACAUCUUUGAUUGACAUGUACAUAAAAUGUGGCUCUAUGCAGAAAGGGCUUGGCCUUUUCGAUAAGAUGAAGGCAAAGAACCGAUUGUCUUACAGUGUGAUGAUUUCAGGCCUAGCGAUGCAUGGGCAUGGUCAUGAGGCACUUCUGCUGUUCUCGGAAAUGCUUGAUCAAGGGAUUGAGCCAGAUGAUGUUGUGUAUUUAGGUGUGUUAAGUGCUUGUAGGCAUGCUGGCCUUGCAGAAGAGGGUCUAGAAUUAUUCGAGAAAUUGAGACAUGAGAAUAAAAUACAGCCAACCGUUCAACAUUAUGGUUGCAUCUUGGAUCUCUUAGGCCGAGCUGCCAUGUUUGAUGAAGCUUUUGACCUGAUUGAGAAAAUGUCAAUGCCGCCUAAUGAAGUAGUGUGGCGAAGUCUCUUAAGUGCUGCUAGAAUUCAUUGUAACCUGGAAGUAGGAGACAAGGUAGCAAAAAUUCUGAUGCAACUAGGCUCAGACAACGCUGGAGAUUAUGUAAUGAUGUCAAAUUUGUAUGCUCGAGCUCAGAAAUGGACAGAUGCAGCUUCUGUUCGAAGUAUGGUGUCAAACAGGGGAUUGGAUCAAGCUGCUGGAUUGAGUUUGGUCGAGGUAAAAAGAAAGAUGUACAGAUUUGUAUCACAGGACAGAUCGCGAAGCAAUUGGGAAGAAAUCUAUGAGAUGAUCCGCCAAAUGGAAUGGCAAUUGAAAUUCGAAGGGUAUGUGGCAGAUACUUCAGAAGUUCUUCACAAUGUAGAUGAAGAAGAGAAGAAACAAAGGUUGAGAUAUCAUAGUCAAAAGUUGGCCCUUGCUUUUGCACUUCUACUUACACCUGAACAUACAACUAUCAGAAUAGUAAGAAAUGUAAGGAUGUGUAGAGAUACUCACACAUACACAAAGUUCGUCUCUGUUGUCUAUAACCGCAAAAUAAUUGUAAGGGAUAGAAAUCGUUUCCACCAUUUUAAAGAUGGAAAUUGCUCUUGUAGAGAUUACUGGUAAAUAAAUCUUCAUUUCUUCUCAAUUUUUUCUUCUUCUAUGAGCUUUAAUUUCCAAUGAUGUGAAAUAAACAAAAGAGACAAUGGAAUGGAAUGCAUCAAUCUUUGAAAGUUAGGAUCAACAGUAGCUCAAAAGACGGAAGAUAGACUAAUAGAGGAAAUGUAAAAUCUAAAUUUUUUGGCUAAUUGGGCAGUAGAGUGUUUCAUUAAGAACUAAACAGUCGGAUGGAUUUUAGGGGUAAAAAAAUUGAGUAAAAAGAAGAAACGAUAAAAC